AGAAGUCGAAAUUGCCCUCCUUCUCCUCCCCUCCAUGCAUCUAUAAAUUGAGGAGCCAUAGCAGGGCUUGAAGAUAUAGCAAGCAAAGCAUUUUUUUCAUUACUCAGAAACAAAAACCCAGUUUCAGUAAAUCAAUUCCGAUCAACACCAUGUCUGGAAAGUGCGACAGCUGUGACUGCUCUGACGUUUCCCAGUGCACGAAGAAGGGAAACAGCUUGGUCAUUGUUGAGACCGAGAAGAGCUACGACACUGUUGUCAUGGAUGCACCAACCGCCGAGAACGGCGGAAAGUGCAAAUGCGGCACCACCUGCUCUUGCAUCGACUGCAAGUGUGGACAUUAAGCUCCCCUAUUCGACAACCAAUGGCUGCCAUAUAAUUAUUACCUAGUGAGAAGGAAAAAAGAAAGGAGUCUCGUCAAUAAAGGAUUCGUGAGAAUCAAAUAACGUACUCUGUUUAUUUGUGAUAGUAGUUUGAUCGAGUCUGUGAGUAAGUGAUCGAGUGAGAGACGUACUCUACUCUGUGUGUGUCAAUCAUGUUCGUGUUCUUUGGUAGCCAUGUAAUGUUCAUCUGGUCAUUAUCUGUGGCCUUGUGAUCAUGUUUAAUCAAUGAAAUUACUAUUAGUAUAU